AUGGUUCUGCGAGUUUCCCUCGUGGAUGAACUGGAAGGACGGAUCGACUCUUUGCUGGAAAUCUUAGUAAGUCGGGAGGUGUUCACUCGUGAUGACCGUGAGGAGGUGUUGUGUCUGUUGGGGCCUCGGGCAAGAGUGAGAAAGGUGUUGGAUAUCUUGACAUGUAAAGGCGAGGAAGCAGCUGAGAUUUUUCUCUCAAUUAGCAGUCAUCAGAAAGAGGUACAGUCGCACUCCAAUGAAGGCAACACAGAUCAGCCUCAAUCCGAAGAGUAUAACAAAGUCAAACGAAAGCAUAAAGAUGUCCUUGCACGCCGAAGUGAGAGCAUGCUCUUCUACAAUACUCGACACGGAGAGAAAAUCCUUUUUGCUGAACACUAUGUGAAUCUCUUGUUGGCUGAUGGACACCAGGGCUUGGAGAUAAAAAGACACGAGGUGCUGACAUUUGGACAAAAGCGACUAUCUUUGCAGCAGAAGUCAGCAGUGCAUAGGAAAAUCACACCAGCUGAACUCUUUUCAAGCACACAUGGAAACCGUCCGGUUAAGAAAGUUCUGGUGUCAGGGGUGGCCGGCAUCGGAAAAACCAUCCUGGUGCAGAAGAUGCUGUUCGAUUUUGGGGGAAACAGGGAACAUCUUGCAUUUGACUUCAUUAUCCACAUGACGUUCAGAGACCUGAAUCUGAUCGACAAACCGACAAACCUCCGGGACCUGGUCUUGCGUAAAAACAGGCACCUUGCUAAGGAACUGGAUAACAUUUUAGCAAAUGACAACAAACUGCUGAUCAUCUUGGAUGGCUUUGACGAGUUCAGACACUACAGGAGCUGUGACGUAGAUGCAUUUGUAACUGAGCCAGAUGAAGAUGCAGAGGUGGUGGAGGUCCUUGGGAGUCUGUUGCAAGGUGAACUGCUGCCGAAUGCUUCCGUCAUGCUGACAAGUCGACCAGCAGCAAUCGACCACAUCCCUGUGGGCUGUAUUGACCGAUUUGUCCUCAUCGCUGGUUUCUCCUUGGCUGAAGUUCAGGACUUCUUUUUACGUUACUUCCAGGACAGUGUCAUUGCUGACCGCAUUUUUGCAGUGGUGUCAGCGAAUGAGCUAAUGCUGACGCUGUGCUACAUACCUGCGUUUUGCUUCAUCGUGUGCUGCAUCCUCAAAGAAAGCAAAAACCUCUGUGGAGAGAGCCCUAAGACCAUGACCGACAUUUACGUGCAGUAUCUGGUGGCCUUACUUCGCUCUCACACUCAAGCAAGAGCCGAAACAUUUCGUCAAGACCAAAAAGCGGGGGCUGUCCACCAGCUGUCAGAUAUCGUGCUAAAGCUUGGUCGACUCGCCUUCCAAAAGCUAAUAGAGCAUCAAACACUUUUCUACAGUAGCGACCAAGAUGUUGCAGCGUUAGAAGGAUGCAGCCUUGUUAGUACCUUCCUUGACAAGACAGUGGCGCAAGAGCCUGGCUGCACUGAAGAAGUUUACUCCUUUGCACACCUGACUGUUCAAGAGUUCUUUGCUGCAGUUUUUUGUGCGGUGACAGAUCACCCAUUACCUGAUGCACUCCAGUACACUGCAAGUCCAGGGGAGGGCUCCAACACUGGACAUUUAGACCUUUUCAACCGCUUCCUGUCUGGAAUCCUCUCUGAACGCAAUGCUAAUCUUCUGUCGAGGCAGGUGGGGCUGUGCUGCCAUAAAGACAAAGUAGACACCUGUCGUCAGAAGAUCAUCAGAGAGCUCACAAUGCUCUGUGAGAAUGGGGAACAUGUCCUAAACCAUUUACACUGCCUGUUUGAGCAACAGGACCCUUCUUUGGCCCUUGCUGUGCAACCAAAGACACUACGAGUUAAUGUUAGUGAUGGAGCACUCACCCAAAUGGAUUACAAUGCUAUCAAGUACUUCCUAAACCUCACAAAGGGCACAAUAUCAGAGCUGGAUCUUACAGGGACAGGAGUGAGCUGUGAGGCACUCAGAGAUAUUCAGCCUCUGCUGCUCAGGUGUGACAGACUUUGGCUUGGAGAAAACAACUUCGACAUGGACACAGUUCAGGUCAUCGCUGAUGUGCUGAAAGUGUCAGACAAUGUAACCCAACUGGGACUUGGAUGGUCAGACAUCGGUGAUGACGAACUUCUGGCUCUGUCUAGUGCCAUACGGGUGAAGAAAAAGCUUGAAGAAUUGUGGAUGGAGGGAAACCGAGUGAGCUCCAGAGGUCUGCUGUCACUUAGUGACUUGACCCCAAACCCUCUGAAAAGAGUUGUAGCUAUAUGGAAUGACGUGGCUGACACAGACCCAGAGUCCUUCAGGACUCAGGAAAGCAUAACUGUGAGCUUCACAGAUGACGAUAUGUGGGAGGCGUGGGGGGAAUGGGUCUUCAAAAGGUGUGAGGUCAGCAGCAACGAGAAGUUGGUGACGGUACUCCACAAAGUGUGCAACAUAUCAGUGCACUGCUUAGAAACCCAGUGGGCAAAGACUUUCUACAAGCAGCUAUCGCAGCUCAUCAAGCACAGGAUCGAGGGCUGCACCGAGGACGACAUGUGCAAGAGGCUCAAAAAGUUUGAGGGCAUUUUGGAUCUCUGACAGACAUCACUAACCUCAAGUCAUAAGCUACAUCAAAUGUCUGUUUGACGCAGAAUGCUUUGAGCGUAACAAACUUUUCUCUCCUUUUAAUAUUUGUAUUUGUAUUUUUAACUUUUUAACAUUUGUAUUUAUCUAUUUGUAUUUAUUUUGUUUAAUAUGCACUGUCG